AUGAGUUCCCAAGCAGACCCUCUAUUGGUCAAUAUCUACGAUGCACUUCGUCACAAGUUCGAUAUCGGAGACAAGACUCUCUUCCAAAUCGAUUCAAACUUUGCACCGAUGAUUAAGCCAAUUCCCGUGACUGAAGCCGAGUUUCGUCUCACAGAUGGCAUAUUGGAGCUGUCCAACAUCGUCGGCGGCCCAAAUGGAAGCAAACUCUCAGAGAAAUACGACCAGGUGCUUUCGGGCCUCAUUUCGGCCGACCACGCCGAUGAAGAACCGCAGCAGGCGAGAGAGGACAUGAGGUCUUGCGUAAACCGCAACAUGGAUGACACAGAAGACAUUUAUCUGACGUAG